CGCCCCCUGUAGGGGGCGGGAGUGACAGCGUCCCAAUUUCCGGUUCCGGCAGCACCGGGGUCCCCGGCGAGAUGGAGGAAGAUGCGACCCGAGGCCAGAAGUCGCGGGGAACAGAGGUUAGAGUGGGAGCUGCGGCUUAGAGGUCCGGGCUUGGACUUCGCCUCAGACGCGGCGGAACCGCCCUGAUCUGAGAAGGUCUUCAGGCACAAUGGAGGACAAGCGCAACAUCCAGAUCAUCGAGUGGGAACACCUGGACAAGAAGAAGUUCUACGUGUUUGGUGUGGCAAUGACAAUGAUGAUCCGUGUCAGUGUCUACCCAUUCACCCUCAUCCGCACCCGGUUGCAGGUUCAGAAAGGCAAGAGCCUCUACCAUGGGACCUUUGACGCCUUCAUCAAGAUCCUGCGAGCAGAUGGGGUGACUGGCCUCUACCGGGGCUUCCUGGUCAACACCUUCACCCUCAUCUCUGGCCAGUGCUAUGUCACCACGUACGAGCUCACCCGGAAAUUUGUAGCAGACUACAGCCAGAGCAACACAGUCAAAUCUCUGGUGGCCGGUGGCUCAGCCUCUCUCGUGGCCCAGAGCAUCACGGUGCCCAUUGAUGUGGUCUCCCAGCACCUGAUGAUGCAGCGCAAGGGUGAGAAAAUGGGCCGCUUCCAAGUGCGAGGGAACUCAGGGGGACAAGGGGUAGUUGCCUUUGGCCAAACCAAGGACAUCAUCAGGCAGAUCCUGCGGGCUGAUGGGCUUCGAGGCUUCUACCGAGGCUACGUGGCUUCACUGCUUACCUACAUCCCAAACAGUGCUGUCUGGUGGCCCUUCUAUCACUUCUAUGCAGAGCAGCUCUCAUACCUCUGUCCUAAGGAGUGCCCUCACAUUGUCUUUCAAGCCAUUUCGGGGCCCCUGGCUGCAGCCACUGCUUCCAUCCUCACCAAUCCCAUGGAUGUCAUCCGAACCCGAGUACAGGUUGAGGGCAAGAACUCCAUCAUCCUGACCUUCAGACAGCUGAUGGCAGAAGAAGGGCCUUGGGGCCUCAUGAAGGGCCUCUCGGCCAGAAUCAUCUCAUCCACACCCUCCACCAUUGUCAUUGUGGUGGGCUACGAGAGCCUCAAGAAACUCAGCCUCCGACCUGAGCUGGUGGAUUCGAGACACUGGUAACCAGUGGCGGGAAGAGAAGCCUGCUGUUUCCCACACUACUCUGGGUCAGGGGCAUAGUGGGAAGGAUAGUACCUUCUCCAAGUGCCCCCACCACAUACCUAGCCCUGCCCUGGGCCAGGUGGCCUGUCUGGGGACAGGGAUAGAGACUUUGAACUGUUCUUGCUGAAAAGGCUCCACGCCUGGAUCCCUUGCCCCCAUUAUUUUUAAUUUUCUUGCCAAACUGGGCUCCCUCACUCAGUCCCUGUACUCAGUCCUGCCUUAAGGAAACCUACUCUCCCUACCAAUCCUACUCCACCCCUCCCCUGCUAACCCUUCUUCUGGCUUCCCCUUCAUCUGUGUCCCUGAGAUCCUGAGAAGAGCUGUACGGAGAGCUUGCUUACUACCACUGCUUCUUCCUCUUGGGCUUUCAGCCCAGAUUCCUAGCAGCUGCCAUCACCCCUUUCCUGGUUCAUCUCUUAGGCUUGCUUAUUUUUAUUUUGGGACUGAGCUGCCCACCAGACUACCCUGCUUUUCCCUGCCACUGGGGGCAAGGUGCCAGGCAUUUUUGCACAGGGAGUAGGAGUAGCAAAAACCUCUGGUUCUCCAGAGCACUCGUCCUCUCUUUGGAGAGUUAUUAGGUUGGGGAGAAAUGUUGAUACUUUAUUUUGUGUGUGUAUUUUUUUUAACAUCUGUGAACCAGGCUACUGUCUUAGUCCUGCUAAAGCACCAAUCCUGCAGUCAGAGCCCACCCCUUCCUCACAUAGAUGGAAAAAUGUAAUGUAGUUUUCCCCUCAAUCCCAGUUCCCUAUCCCUUCCAUGUCCCUUCAGGCCCAGCAGCCCCAGGACAUAUAAGCUGUUGGCUUUCCCUGGCCCAGAUGACUCCAGUGGUGGGCACAGUUCUAAGUAGAUCAAGCUGGCUGGGGCACACUGGACUUGGAGCACAACCGUGAAAAGUCAGGUUGAGCGAGUAGUUGAUUUGGAAGUGACAAGUGGGUAUGUGUGCUCCAGCGCCUCUCCCCAGACCAGCAGAGCCAAGCCUAGGAGAGGGCAGUGGAGGUUCUCAGCCCCAGCCAGUCAUGACAUACACAUAUAUACCACAAUCACUUGGACUUACGGAAACAGAUGUUGUUUCACAAUGGGAAUCUCUGAGGUGUGGAACUGUUUGUGUUUCUCUUCUCCCUGAUGUGAAGAGUCAUCCUGGUCAUGGUACCUUCUGGAGGGAUGCUUGGAAGAGAGUAAAGAGCAGGUCAGAAAGUCACCCAAUACCAGGACCACUGCAUUUACCAGCCUGAUACUGCCAAGAUUAUCUAUUGAAGCUCUCAGGAGCUAGAUGAUGAGCCCUCCUUCCCUGCCUCAUCCCCCGUCCCCUCCACCAAGCCUGUGUUGCAGGUGGAGAGAGGUGCAGCAAACGGAAUGAGGAGGCAUAUCAAACCCUGCACUUCUACUUGAGACAUUUGGCCCAGAGGAUCCUUCAGACCUUCCUAUUGGUCCCACUCCCUGGGAAAGGCCAUGGUGCCAAUUUGAAAGGUGCUAGCUACCUGAAGCCUUGAUAUUUCUUAUGGCUGCCCCACAUUCUAUCACCUUGGCCAGAUCAGAAUCUGAAAACCACAUUUCACUACCACCACUGCCCAUCUUGGUCUCUUAUCUUGGAGGGUUAUUUUCCCUUUCACCUAUUUUUCUUUUUGUUUGUCCUUUCUUGCACGUUGUCAGGAGUCCUCCAAUUUCUGUCCAUAAAUGGCCAUCAAAAGGGUUGGGCCCACAGAUCAUUCUGAAUCUUCCUGUCCCUCAGUCACCCCUUUACUCUAAGAACCACCAACAUAAUGGAAGCCAGGGGCCCCACCUCUCUCUUUAAGCUCAUCCUGGUGAGACCUUUGGCCAUUGGUUUUCUCAGCUCCACACCAUCCUCUCUCUAGAGACUUGUCUUCAAUCCUUCCCCUCUAUGGCAAAGUGGUAAAAUAUCAUGGACAGGAGGUAGUCUCCUGCCUCUCAUGUCUUAGGAUGUUUCUCCCUCCCAGACUCCUUUCAUUCUGUUUUAUUUUCUUGUACAGUAUUUUACAAGCCUUUCACCUGUUCUCUCUCCUCUCUGUCACACACACGCACACACAAUUUUAAAGGAUGAUGUGCGUCUAAUGAAAGGGACCCCUGGACCCUACUUUCCCAUCACAUAGUUUAGAGACUGGGAUUGGGUGUGAUUAAAAUAUACCUUGGUGGGGAAGGGACAGUGGGCUUCCGUUUUCCCAGGACCAUGGACCGGACCAGCUGGAAAUUUUGAUGUAUUGGUCCGUAGGCAAAACUGGAAGAAACUUUCCGGAGAUUGGGCAAGACAGGAAACCUGAUGGGAGUAUUGAGGGACAGGGGGAUGAAAAUGCAGAUACAGUUAACAUUUGAUAAAGUGGACUCAUGAAUAUUAACAGCGAACAUUCACUGUUGGCCUGUACGAAGUCUUUCGAGUGUAAUUAAAAGUUUGUAUUGAG